UAGUGUAAAUUCCGAGUGGUGAGAAGCGACGCCUGAACGCACCCUGCCAAGCCAGUCGCUCCGGCGAGGAUCCGAAAGCAAAGUUCAGAGUUCCACCGAGCCGAGCAUUGCCGCACGGAGCACCGCGCACCGGCCCGCGGCCAAGAUGCCCACCGCGGAGAAGGACCUGGCGGACGACGCGCCCUGGAAGAAGAUCCAGCAGAACACCUUCACGCGCUGGAUCAACGAGCACCUCAAAUGCGCCAACAAGCGGAUCGUGGACCUGCAGCUGGACCUGGGCGACGGCCUGCGGCUCAUCGCCCUUCUGGAGGUCCUCAGCCAGCAGAAGAUGCACCGCCGCAUCCACCCCAGGCCCAACUUCAGGCAGAUGAAGCUGGAGAACGUCUCGGUGGCGCUCGAGUUCCUGGACAACGAGAACGUCAAGCUCGUCUCCAUCGAUUCGAAAGCAAUUGUGGACGGGAACCUGAAGCUGAUCCUGGGUCUUGUGUGGACCCUCAUCCUGCACUACUCCAUCUCCAUGCCCAUGUUGGAGGGCGACGACAGCGAGUCCGAAUCUAAGACCCCCAAGCAGCGUCUGCUGGGCUGGAUCCAGAACAAAGUCCCCGACAUGCCCAUCACCAACUUUCACCAGGACUGGCGGACGGGGAGGGCGCUGGGGGCAUUGGUGGACGGCUGCGCGCCAGGCCUGUGUCCCGACUGGGAGACUUGGGAUCCAGUGAAGCCGGUGGAGAACGCCACAGAAGCAAUGCGGCUGGCUGACGACUGGCUGGGCAUCCCUCAGGUGAUCGCCCCCGAGGAGAUCAUCGACCCGCAGGUGGACGAGAUGUCUGUGAUGACGUACUUGUCUCAGUUCCCCAAAGGCAAAUUGAAGCCCGGCGCUCCCCUCAAGCCCAAACUCAACCCCAAGAAGGCGCGAGCCUACGGGCCAGGUAUCGAACCGACGGGCAACCGGGUGCUCCGCCCUGCCGUGUUCACGGUGGACACGUUCAGCGCCGGGCAGGGUCAAGUGACGGUCUAUCUGGACCACCCGGACGGCACCAGACAAGAGCUGAAGGUGGAGCCCAACGAUGCCAAGAAGACGUACAACGUCUCCUACGUCCCUCAAGUAGUUGGAACCCACAAGGUGACGGUGCUGUUUGUGGGCCAGCCCAUCCCCAAGAGCCCCUUCGAGGUGGGUGUGGACAAAGCGCUGGGCGACGCCUCCAAGGUGGCGGUGAAAGGGCCGGGAAUCGAACCAGUGGGCAAUGUCGCCAACAAGUCCACGUACUUUGACAUCUACACUGCAGGAGCCGGUACGGGAGACGUGACGGUGAUGAUCAAAGACCCGCAGGGCCUUCACAACGUCGUGGAGGCGAUGAUGGAGGACAAGGGCGACAACUUGUACCGCUGCACCUACCGGCCCACGCAGGCCGGCCUGCACGCGCUCGCCGUCACCUUCGGGGGCGCCGCUGUGCCAAAGAGUCCUUUCAGCGUGGACGUGGGACCAGCCUGCCUACCGGCCGCGUGCAGGGCAACUGGUCGUGGCCUGCAGGCGACGGGUAUGAGGGUGCAACAAGUGGGCGACUUCAAGGUGGACACCAAGAACGCCGGCACUGGAGAACUGAAGAUCCUCGUCAAAGACCCCAAGGGCGUCGAGGGAAGUGUGAAGCAGAUCUCCAGGCAGGACGGAGUGCAUGCGUUCGAGUAUUACCCGCUCAGUACGGGCAAACACACCAUCUGCAUCGCCUGGGGCGGGCAGCACAUCCCCAAGAGUCCGUUUGAGGUCGUUGUGGGUUCAGAGGCGGAAGCCCAGCAGAUCCGGGCGUGGGGUCCCGGUCUGGAAGGGGGUGUCGUGGCUAAACCUGCCAUUUUCGUGGUGGAGUCUGUGGGCAACGACGUUGGAGUCCUGGGCUUCGCCAUCGAGGGUCCGUCCCAGGCCAAGAUCGAGUGCGAGGACCAGAACGACGGCUCGUGCGACGUCCGCUACUGGCCCACGGAGCCGGGCGAGUACGCCGUCCACGUCACCUGUGACGAUGACGACAUCGAGCACAGCCCCUUCAUAGCCUACAUCCUGCCCGAUCGCCUUAGCAACUACCCAGACAAGGUUCAAGCGUUCGGGCCCGGGCUGGAGAAGAGCGGCUGUCUGGUCGCCCAGCCCACAGAGUUCACCGUCAACGCUAAGGAUGCUGGGAACGGACCGCUCAAGAUCAUGGCACAGGACGCUGAGGGUCUGCCUGUGGAGGUGAAGGUGCGCAGCAAAGGGGAGGGGCAGUACUCGUGCUCCUACACGCCCGCCUCGGGCCUCAAGCACACGCUGGCCGUGGUCUGGGGAGGGGUCAGCGUCCCCGGGAGCCCCUUCAGGGUGAACGUAGGCAAAGGCAGCCACCCGAGUCAGGUCAAAGUGUUUGGCCCGGGAGUGGAGCGGACGGGACCGAAGGCCAACGAGCCCACGCAUUUCACCGUUGACUGUUCCGGAGCAGGCGAGGGUGACGUCAGCGUGGGCAUCAAGUGUCACAGCAACAUGGUGGGAGACCGGGAGGCCGACGUGGACUUUGACAUCAUCCCCAACGCCAACGACACGUUCACCGUCAAAUACAUCCCGCCCGCCGCGGGCCAGCUCACCGUUAAAGUGCUCUUCACUGACAAGGAAGUUCCUCAGAGUCCUUUCCUGGUCAACGUGGAUCCCUCCCACAAUGCAGCCAAGGUCAAAGCCGAGGGCCCCGGAUUGGCUCGCACGGGCGUGGAGAGCCGAAUACCGACUCACUUCACGGCCCUGACGAAAGGAGCGGGGAAAGCGCCGCUGGACGUUUCCUUCUCAUCUCCUGUCAAAGAUUAUGACAUCAUCGACAACUACGACUACUCGCACACCGUCAAGUACACACCGGUCACCCCGGGCCCGAUGACCAUUGCGGUGACGUUCGGCGGAGACCCCAUCGCAAAGAGUCCCUUCACGGUGGGCGUGGCGGAACCCCUGAACCUCAAUAACGUGGGCGUGGACAACCUGGAAGGACGUGUGGAGGUGGGCCAAGAGCAGCACUUCCUGGUUGACGUGAAGGGAGCGGGUGGUCAAGGACGCCUGGAGGUUGAGGUGCUGAGUCCCAGCCAGCGGUCUGUGCCGUAUAAAGUGGAGCCGCAGCCCGGAAAAGAUGAGGUGCGUCGGGUGCGUUACACCCCCACGGAAGAGGGGGUGUACGCUGUCAACGUGUCCUACGACGGACAUCCAAUCCCUGGGAGCCCCUUCCCCGUGGAGGGCCUGCUGCCUCCGGAUCCUAGCAAGGUGAAGGCUCACGGACCGGGUCUGAAGGGAGGUUUUGUGGGGAACCAGGCCGAGUUCACCAUUGACACCAAAGGAGCCGGCACAGGUGGUUUGGGUCUGACGGUGGAGGGACCCACAGAGGCCAAGAUCGAGUGCUCUGAUAACGGGGACGGGACCUGUUCGGUCUCUUACCUGCCCACGGAACCUGGAGAAUAUCUAGUCAACAUCCAGUUCGAGGAGGUCCACAUUCCGGGCUCACCCUUCCGUGCAGACAUCCAGAUGCCUUUUGACCCUAGCAAGGUGGUGGCCACUGGGUCGGGCCUGAACAAGGCCAAGGUAGGAGAGCCCAGUGUGGUCAACGUUGACUGCUCUCGUGCUGGACGCGGUCAACUCAGCCUGGAGGCCGUGCCAGACACGUCUACUGCUUCUGCACCUGCCGGUGUGAAAGCAAAGACUGAAGUGGUGGACAACAAAGACGGGACGUACACGGUCACCUACGUUCCUCUGAUAUCGGGUAUGUACACCCUGCUGCUCAAGUACGGCGGCAAGGCCGUUCCUGGUUUCCCAGCCAAGGUGAUGGCGGUCCCGGCCGUCGACGUCUCCAAAGUCAAAGUGUCCGGGCGUGGAGUGGAUGGGAAAGGCAUCUUCAGAGAAGCCACCGCCACGUUUAUGGUGGAUGCUCGCCCCUUGGGCCGGGAGGGUGGAAAAAGCGUCAAAGCGGAGAUAAGGAACCCGUCCGGAGCCCUGACAGACUGCCUGGUCAAAGACAAGAACGACGGGACGUACAGCGUCGAAUACACGCCCUAUGAGAACGGUGAGCACAGUGUCCAGGUUCUCUAUGAAGACGUACCAGUUCUAAAGAACCCAGCCAGGGUUUGCGUGUCUGACGGCUGCGACCCCAGCAGGGUGGUCGCCACGGGGCCGGGGCUCCAGAAGGGCCUGACCGACAAGACCAAUUCCUUCAACAUCAUUACCAGGGGGGCGGGCACCGGUGGCCUGGGCAUCACCGUCGAGGGUCCCUCAGAGUCCAAGAUGGCGUGCAAAGACAACAAAGAUGGCAGCUGCAGCGUGGACUACGUCCCCUCUGCGCCAGGCCUCUACGACGUCAACAUCACCUACGGAGGGGAGCACAUUCCCGGAAGUCCCUUCAAGGUCCCAGUGGAGGACCUUGUAGACCCCAGUAAAGUGAAGGUGUCUGGCCCGGGGGUGUCCCCGGCGGUCCGUGCCAACAUCCCUCAGAUGUUCACGGUGGAUUGCAGUAAGGCGGGCUUGGCGCCUCUCGCCGUCACUGUGGGCGCCCCCAAAGGGUUGUCGGAGCCUGUGGAGGUGACGGACAACGGGGACGGCACCCACACGGUGUCUUACACGCCCUCCGUGGACGGCACCUACUCUGUGGCCGUACAGUACGCCGAAGAUGACGUCCCCAGAAGUCCGUUUCAUGUUCGGGUGCUUCCCACCCACGAUGCCAGUAAAGUCCUAGCCAGUGGCCCCGGGCUGAAAAGCGAAGUCCUCGCCAGCUUCCCCGUGGAGUUCAACAUCGACGCCAAGCAAGCGGGACAAGGCCAACUCGGCGUGCUCAUCACAGAUCAGGACGGCAAACCCAAGCUGCCCACGAUCCACGACAACGGAGACGACGCGUACAAGGUGUCAUACGUACCCGACCGCGCGGGUCGCUACACCAUCGUCGUCAAGUACGGCGGCGACGACAUCCUUGCCUCGCCUUACAAAGUCCAGGCCACCGUGACAGGAGAUGCCAACAAGUGCACAACAACUGGGCCCAAGGUUGGCCCCAGGGAGGGCCUGGACCAGGAGCUGUUCCUCCUGGUCGACGCAAAGAGUGCGGGCGAAGGCAAGGUGAACUGCGUGGUGGUGCAGCCCAACGGCAGCGAGGUGGACGCCCAGGUGACGGACAACCACGACGGAACCUUCGACACUUUAUGCACACUCCUGGAGCCUGGCGACUACGUCAUGUACGUGCGUUUCGGCGGGGAGAACAUUCCCGGCAGUCCCUUCAAAGUCGAGGCGACCGAUGCGGUCCCCGCCAUGCAAGAGCGGACGUCAAGCCAACAACAAGCCGCUCCAUCAAGAGUUGGAUUUCAGCCCUGGUUGACGUCUGAAGACUUGGCCGACAGCGGGUUCAGACCCUUCCACAUGGUCAUUCCGUUCUCCUUCAACAGGGGCAAGGUCACAGGCGAGGUUCUCAUGCCGUCGGGAAAGUCCGCUCAGCCGCUGAUCACCGACAACCUGGACGGGACGGUCACGGUGCAGUACUCGCCCACCGAGGCCGGCCUGCAUGAGAUGCACAUCAAGUACAACGGAGCGCACAUUCCGGAGUCUCCUCUCCAGUUCUACGUGAACCGCUCCAGUAGUCCCAGCGUGUCUGCCUACGGUCCGGGCCUCAGCUACGGCGUGGCCAAUAAGACUGCAGCGUUCACCGUCAACACGGAGGAUGCGGCUGAAGGUGGUCUGGACCUGGCCAUCGAGGGUCCGUCCAAGGCGGACAUCAGCUGCGUGGACAACAAGGACGGCACGUGCAGCGUCACCUACCUUCCAACGCUGCCGGGAGAUUACAACAUCCUGGUCAAGUACAACGAUGAGCACAUUGCCGGCAGCCCGUUCACCGCCAGGAUCACGGAGGACAAACAGCGCCGCUCUCAGGUGAAACUGGGCUCUGCGGCCGACUUCUUCCUGAACAUCAACGAGACGGACCUGAGUCUCCUUAGCGCCAGCAUCGCGGCGCCGUCCGGCCGCGAGGAGCCCUGCCUGCUCAAGAGGAUGGCCAACAACCACGUGGGCAUCUCCUUCAUCCCCCGCGAGGUGGGCGAGCACCGGGUCAGCAUCACCAAGAACGGACGCCACGUGGCCAACAGCCCCAUCAGCAUCAUGAUCGUCCAGUCCGAGAUCGGAGACGCCGGGCGCGUCAGGGCGCACGGCGACGGACUCGUGCAGGGAACCACCUUCGCCGACGCCAGCUUUGAGGUGGACACGCGUGAGGCUGGUUACGGUGGGCUGGCUCUGGCCAUCGAGGGUCCGAGUAAGGUGGACAUCCAGACGGAGGACAUGGAGGACGGAACGUGCCGUGUCACCUAUUGUCCCACCGAGCCUGGAAACUACAUCGUCUCCAUUCGCUUCUCCGAGAAGCACAUCACGGGAAGUCCGUUCACAGUGCAGGUGACGGGGGAGGGUCGCAUCCGGGAGAGCAUCACCCGCAAACAGGGGGCAGCGCCCGUCGCUGGCGUGGGCAGCAUCUGUGACCUCAGCCUCAAGAUACCAGCCCUGGACAUGCGCGAGGUCACGUCCGAGGUGACGUGCCCGUCGGGCGCCACCGAGCCCGCCCGCCUGGUGGCCGCGGGCGACGACACCUACUGCGUUCAGUUCGUGCCCACCGAGAUGGGCGUGCACGGGGUGAGCGUCAGGUACCGUGGCGCCCACGUGCCGGGCAGCCCCUUCCAGUUCACCGUGGGGCCGCUGGGCGAAGGCGGUGCCGCUAAAGUCAAAGCGGGAGGCCCGGGACUGGAGGGCGCGCUGGUGGGAGAACCAGCGGAGUUCAGUAUCUGGACCAGAGAGGCCGGCGCCGGGGGUCUGUCUGUGGCCGUGGAGGGCCCCAGCAGGGCCGAGAUCUCCUUCGAUGAUCGCAAAGACGGAUCCUGCGGCGUCUCUUACGUGGCGCAGGAGCCCGGCGACUAUGAGAUCGCCAUCAAAUUCAACGAGCAGCACAUCCCAGAUAGUCCCUACCUGGUCCGCGUGGUGGCCCCCCCCUACGACGGCCAACGCCCGACCGUCGCCGGACUUCAGAAAUCGGGUCUGAAGGUGAAUCAGCCAGCGUCCUUCAACGUGUCGAUGGAAGGAGCCAAAGGAAAACCGGAGGCCAAGGUCACCGGCCCCUCAGGAGCUCAGGAGGAGUGUGUCAUCACUCACCUGGAAAAAGACAAGUACUCGAUCCGCUUCGUCCCCCGGGAGCGAGGCCUCCACACGGUGGACGUCAAGUUCGGCUCUCAGGGCCGCGCCGCUUCCUUCACCGUGAUGGUCGGCUCGCCCGAACACGGCGGAGGAGAAGCCGCGCUGGUCUCGGCGUACGGCGCCGGACUGGAGGGAGGAACCACAGGCGUCCAGUCGGAGUUCAUCAUCAACAACGCGGCGGCGGGCCAGGGCGCGCUGGCCGUGACGGUGGAGGGGCCGUCCAAGGUUCAGAUGGAGUGUCUGGAGGUGGCCCAGGGCUACAAGGUGCUCUACACGCCCAUGGCGCCGGGUAGCUACGUCGUGGCCGUCAAGUACGGCGGGCCGCAGCACAUCGCCGGCAGCCCCUUCGUGGCCAAAGUCACGGGUCCUCCUUUGGUGAACGUCACCAACGCCAGCGUGUCGUCCACGCUGACCCUCGACCCCCCCGCGGGAACGCCGGAGGUCGGCGGCGGCGGCGGCGGCUCGCCCGCCUCCGACGCCAGCAAGGUGCUGAGCCGAGGCCUGGGCCUCAGCAAGGCUUUCGUGGGCCAGAAGAGCAGCUUCUCGGUGGACUGCAGCAAGGCCGGUAAGAACAUGCUGGUGGUGGGCGUGCACGGCCCCCAAGUCCCCUGCGAGGAGGUCCUCGUCAAGCACCUGGGCGACUUGCACUACAACGUCAGCUACGUGCUGCGCCAGCGCGGCGACUACGUCCUGGUGGUCAAGUGGGGCGAGGACCACAUCCCCGGCUCGCCCUUCCACGUCACCGUGCCGUGAUGCCGGCGAAGCCCAAGCGGGGGUGUCCAAAGUGGGCAAGGGGACCAUUUGUGUGUUGUUUUUUUUCCCCCCCCACAGCCCCGAGGUAUUAUUAUUAUUUUUUUAAAUAGAAUUGAACAUGACACUGAAUAGAAAUAAGAUUGAGAGGGAUGCAAGACACCAUCCUAAUGCUAAUAUUUUUUUCCUUGAAAUAUAUUCACAAAUCUGGACCUACAGCUCGAAAGAAAUUAAGACAAAACAAAUGCUCGACCUUUUUCUGUAUUUUGACUUGUUUUCAUUUUAUGCAAAUCAAAUGCUCUAAAUGACAAUAUUUGUACUGUACCUAGAAAUAAAAUAUCAAAAUCAGAGAAACUGGUGACUUUUUUUUUUUUCCCGAGCUGUAUUUAAUUUCUUAAGUGUAGCUUGACCUGCAUUGAUUAGUUUUAACAUUUAAUAAAAGAAGGCUAAUACUUUGAUAAAUGUGGACACCGCUGCUAUGCUCACGUAUUUUAAGGAAUUUGAGAACAUUUAAAAAGCGUUUUCUAAACGUCCCACCUUUAGUGAAAUUGAUUUCGCAUUAAGUUGAAUCAUGUCGCACUUGACCUCAGUUCGCUUCAAUUUCUCAUUAAAAAAAAAAAAACAAUAAAAAUGCUAAUACGUUUCGAAACUGUAAUUUCUUGUUUAGUUGUCUGAAACUGUCAAGAGUGCAAAGUGUUCCAAAUGUUGCCAAAACUGGAAACCAGCAAACAAGCCGGUGUCUGCUGUGUCACACUCCAUCCAGCAGGGGGCAGCGUGAUUUGACGGGAAACCCGCUUGUUGAGCUGGAGUCUUAUGUGACUACUGAAGUUUGAUUUCCUGCUCUUGGAACUCCCACAAUCCUUUUCUGUACUCCUGCAUGCGAUUGUUGUUUAUUGUGAUUAUCGGGUUCAUCUUGGCUUGUUCUGAUCGAAUGUUCGAUUCGGUUGUUAACCGGGCACAGUGACGGCAUCGCCGUUCCUUUUUAGAUGCUUUCAUUUGGUUUCUGUCACUUAUGACAACUGUGUACAUUUGAUAAUUUAAAAAAACUGGAACUAA